AUGUACAUUUACGUCAAAGACGAUGUCUCAUUCAACUUCACAGAAUACCCUGCCGACCUGCUUCUGUAUUUCAGCUACUCAAAAAUCAGCCCGUCAGACUGCCGGGCAUACUUCACAGCGCUGGGCUUCGCUGACUUCAGCGUUCUCUCCAGUGCCUUGUCCUUCAGAAAAGAGAUCCUGUUCAGCAAUGCUAGAACCUGCCUGGGUAUAUCAGGAACCAGCAUCAGCAGGGAGAACCUAGACAUUCUGGGAAACAUGUGCUGUACUCUGGAUGGCUCCUACAUUCAGAACUCUGAUCCCUAUAUUCUGGAGAAACUCAAGAACUGUCCUGAUUUCACAGUCGAUCAAGUCAAUGCCAUGGAGGUGCUUCUGUUGUCUGGAAACACGACUUAUGGGUCUCCUGCUGACUGGACUAUUAACACGCUGGAGAAUCUUGGUAUUCUGCCUCUGUAUCUCAGGUCAUCAUUCUGGAUUAACUUCACUAAGAGAGAAAAGAAACGUUUUCUCAGGGUAUUCAUCAAAGAGCUCAGGUCCAACGGGGUUCCCCGGUCAAAGAUCAGAGCACUCCGACAGGAGGCCCAAAAACAGCAUCGCACAAAACGCAGUGUUGGGAGUGGCUGUACUGAGGGAGAGAUCACUCAGGUGACCGUAAACAACGAUGCCUUCCCUUUCGGUUACAACGUCACUCAGUUUGACGCCUGCUUGAGUGUACAGACACUCAAGGACAACCUGGAGGAGAUCACAGACAAGACAGAUGACAGCGCCCUCCAGGAGGUUAUUCUCCACAAGCUGAAUCAGGCCUAUCCGGGAGGAAUCUCUGACACAGUGGUCCAAAUGCUGGGGCCAGCUUCCCGCGCGGCCACCGCCGAGGACAUUGCCAAGUGGAACAUCACCACAGUGGACACCUUGUCUGCUCUCAUGAAGCCGUCGGACGGGGAGUGGAACCCUGACCUGAGUAAAGCUAUUAUCUCUAAGUAUCUGAAUGGGGCUGGGAACUCCCUCGGCAGUGUGGAGCUGAAUUCUGUUGGCUCUAACCUAUGUGCUCUGGACACCAGCACCCUCAGCUCUAUCUCCUCCAGCAGCCUGAGAGGAGCAGGUGCGCUGGACAUCUCAAACUGUACCACAGAGAAGAAGAAAGCUCUGUUUACUGUGGCCCAGUCCGCUUUCUCCAACAGAAACGCAAUGAGCAGAACAACCAUCUCCAACACAAACUACCAGCUGAUGCAACCAUAUCUCGGUGGUGCUGGUCUGACAUACCUGAGGAGUCUCUCCAGUUCCAACAUCAGUAUGGACCUGACUACUUUUAUGUCUCUGGACCCAAAUGUUAUCGAUGCACUCAGUGUGAGUGACGUCAGAGGGCUGUUGGGUGUGAACCUGCCAGACCUGGUGACCUAUCAGACACAGACUGUGGUAGAAAACUGGAUACAGCGGCAGCUGCAGUCUGAUCUCGACACACUUAACAUCGGUCUGACCGGAGGGAGGAGCACACCCUCCACAACCGCACCCACCACUGCAGCCCAAAACAAUGCAACCGCAGGAGGAUCUGGAGCAACUACUGCCUCAUCGGGAGGAUCUGGAGCAACUACUGCCUCAUCGGGGGGAUCUUCAGCAACUACUGCCUCAUCAGCUACUGGACUCGGGGGUUUGAGCCUGUGUUCUGUGACAGGUCUACACAUCCUGAUAGUGGCACUGUCCACCACCGUUCUUCAGUUCCUGCACUGA